UCAGGUGCAAACACCUUGGUUGCAGACGAUCAUAAAACCAUAGCUGACCAAACACAGCUGGACCCAGCAGAGGAUGUGAGCCUUGUCUCUGAGGAGACAAACCUGGGGGAGCAUCUGCCAGGAGAGGAGCCUGCAGCCAUGAUUCUGGAUGUUGAGGAGAAGACCGAUUCAGUCAGUAAAAGGGAGGAGCCAGAGGGCACCGAGCCUGAGCCUGCAGGAGCAGAGGAGAGCUCUGAGCUGCCUUCUGUGUGGAGAGAGGAGAGCAAUGAGCCUUCCCCUGCAGCACCAGAUGAUGUUGGGGCACCAUCACCAGGACCAGCUGAGGACAGUGGGCUGGUAGAGAGCAGUGACAGCUCUGUAGUGGAAGUCAUCGAUAAAGUACAUAUUACUGAAGAGGACCACCUCAUUGAGGGUGAGACGGGAGAACAGGUGGAAACUGAGCUGCUCAGUGAGACAGUAAGUGGAGGGCCUGAAACAAAAGAAGAAACAGGAGAAGCUGUGGAUAGUGCAGCAGCGACAGAGAUGGAGACAGCUAAUAACAAGGAAUAGAAGUUAUGUCUCUAUGAACGUCCUCUUCUUGGGCCUGCUCUUCUGUCCACAUGAACAUUUUAAAAUUUUAUUGGGUUGGGAAAAUAGAAAAGCUUUUAUGGAUUGAACCACAAGCUACAGACACAUGAAUA